ACUAGGCGCUAGCUAGAGCUGACCAAAGGCCGGAACCAAUGGGCGCAAGGAUUGCGGUAUCCUGGAUACGAGUGUAAACAAAGAAGGCCGGCGCGUAACCACCCUGGGCCUGGCGUUGGCUGCGGCGCCCGCAGAGAGCGAGGCCGCCAAUGGAGCAGGGCCGGGAGCGAGAGGACACCUACUACGCCCACUCCGCCGGCGGCGCGAGUCUGUCCGUGAGAUGGGUGCAAGGAUUCCCUAAGCAGAAUGUCCACUUUGUCAACGACAGCACCAUUUGCUACCCUUCCGGAAAUUAUGUUAUAUUUAUCAAUAUUGAAACCAAGCAGAAGACCGUGCUCCAGUGUAUUAAUGGAAUUGUGGGCGUCGUGGCAACGAACGUUCCUUACGAAGUGGUGGCUUUUUCGGACCGAAGGCUAAAACCCCUCAUCCACAUAUACAACUUUCCUGCGUUGACCAGAAGGACCAAAUUAAAAGGCAACGUCCUCCUGGACUACACCUUACUUUCGUUCAGUUACUGCGGCACCUACCUGGCUAGCUACUCCUCGCUGCCGGAGUUCGAGCUGGCCCUCUGGAACUGGGAAUCGAAUGUCAUCUUGUGCAAGCAGUCCCAGCCCGGUGUGGAUGUGAGCCAGAUGUCCUUUAACCCCAUGAACUGGCACCAGUUGUGCUUGUCAAGCCCAAACAUGGUGACCGUGUGGACCAUCGAAAGGAGUGACCAGGAGCAGCAUUUCAAAGCAAAGUCAGUGAAACUACCUCUGGAAGACGGGUCAUUUCUAAAGGAGGUGGACCUGCUUUUCCCCCAGUCGCUGCCCAAGGACCCCAUCUACGGGCCGGUGCUGCCGCUGUCAGCCAUUGCUGGGCUAGUAGGCGAAGAGGCAGAGACUUUCAGGCCGAAAGAUGACCUGUAUACUUUGCUUCACCCCACCAUGCACUGCUGGACCCCAACGAACGACCUGUACAUUGGCUCUGAAGAGGGCCAUCUUUUGAUGGUUAAUGGAGAAACUUUGAAGGUGACGGUGCUUCAGAAGGCAGAGAAGGGGCAGCAGCUGGAAGGCGCGCCACAUCUCAUCAGCCCGGUCACCCUGGUCUAUCAGAAGGAUGGCGUCUUUGCUUCUGGAAUUGAUGGCUUCGUGUACUCUCUCACUGUUAAAGAUUCCAGUUCUUACAAAACGGAGAAAUUUCUUGAGGUUGAAAGUCCCGUGGAAUAUCUGGCGUCCUCUCCCAGCUACAGGAUGCUGCUGAUUCAAACAGACAAGGGGUCUGUCUAUAUUUAUACUUUUGAUGAGGAGCCAACCUUAGAUAAAGUCCUGGAUGCUUGUGAUGGGAGGUUUCAGGCAAUUGACUUCAUCACACCUGGAACCAAACAUUUCAUGACGCUCACGCGCUCAGGGGAAGUCUGCGUUUGGUCGCUGGAGGACUGCGCUUGUGCAAGCAGGACUUAUCUGAAUACCACAGCAACAACUCUGGCGUGCUCGCCCUCCUCGCUCUCUGCUGCCAUGGGGACCGUGGAUGGCUACGUGUACUUCCUGGACGUCCGCAGUGUAGAGUCCCCCAGGGUGGUCCACAAGGCCUUCCUCUCCCAGGCGCCGGUGCAGCACCUCACAUACGACCAGCGCGGAAUGUACCUGCUAGUGGGAACAUCAGAAGGAAGCAUCUUUGUUAUUGACGCCAGACCCACGAGGUCAUUUCAGGUCCUUGGGUUCACAGAGGUGAGCAAGGAUCUUCUACAAAUAUCCACCUUGUCCCUUUUGGGAGCGAAUAUCGUGAGAGUGACAGCGCUUUCCUCGCUUCCAGAAGCAGAAAGAAGCAGUCUGGCAGUAUUCACUCUGCCUAUAAAACUACAGUCAGCUACUGCCGACGAGAGAGGGAGGCUGAAAGAUGAGCUCAUUCACAAGCACCUGUACGAGAUAGAGCACGCGCUGUCUUCUGCGGUCCUGGACUUUCAAAGUAGCCGAGUACUCGGGUUCUGCCACCAGGUGCCGUACAUCUGUAGCUAUCAGCUUCCCGAGAAGCAGGGACACAGAGGCGUGUGCAUUCUUAAACCGAGCCAAAAAGUACAGAGCAAGCACUACGGGCCUGGCACGCUCCACUUGUCUUCACAUGGGCUGUGGCUUCUCACCGUAGCUAAAUGUGGAACACUGUGUGUCCGCGAUGCAUACACCUUGGAAACAUUUGCUCGGUGUCGGAGUCACUCCCACCAGGGGCACGGGAUUCAGUCCGUGAGGAUUUCAGUGGAUGGACAGAGCGUGCUGGUCAACGGGAAGGACGACGGCACCCUGGUCCUCCUCAAAUGGAAGAGGCUUGCAGGAAAUUUAGUCAGUGAAAUUAUUGAAUACUGCCACGAGCUAUUGACAUCUCUGAACAGCAGCAUAGAAGAGCAAAAUAAUUAUUUGAGUUUAGUGAGACUUACCUCGGAGCUGGAACAAGAAUCUGAGCAUGCAACAGGCCAGAACAGGCUGAGCACUGACUCGUCACAGGAGGAGCUGCUUUUCCCCAAGAGUAACACGGAAAUUCCCUGGAUACAAGUAAAAAGCAAGGAGGCCAUCGAGAAGGAGGUCAGGCUGUUUUCCCAGAAAAGGAAAGCGAUCAAAAGUGGAAUCAAAGAGCUUGCUAAAACCGUUAUGAAUAUGAUCGAAGAGAAUGAAAAAGCAGGUGACAUGGCCAAGUUAGACCAACAGGAAUUUUGCCUGGACCUCGAGGAACUGGAUCGGCUUCACAGCCAAAGUGGAGAAGAGGUGGCAAAAAUAAAGAAGGAUGUGGAGAUGCACAACCUAGCCAAGAGAUACUUGGCUCACCUCAUCAAAGAAGAAUGCUGGAGUUCCAUGGCUGUGAAAGGCCGGGCCCUGAAGUGCUUUCACAUCCCCUGCGUGGUCGAGAACUUCCCCAUGAGGGCGCGCACCGCUGAGGAGCUGAAGGAGCUGAAGGCGGUGCUGCAGCUAAAGAAGAUCGAAGCCGAGUGUCUUAAGCUACGGAAGGAGAUCGUAGAGGAUCAGUCUGCAGUCACCUUGGCAAAAAACCACCACGAAGAGGAGGACGAAGAGGAGGAUGAAGAACAGACCGUGCUGGACACCAGCUUGCCCAACUACUUGCUGGGUAGUCUGAGCACCGAGUUUGGGGUCGAUACUUCUUUGUUGUCCAGCCAGCUGGAGCUUCAUUCCAGAGAGGAGAAAAUCAACCAGAUUAUAUUAUUGAAAGAUAUCAUUUACAAAGUAAAAACUGCUUUCAAUAAUGAGUUUGAUGCUGCGUAUAAACAAAAAGAGCUCGAAGUUGCACGAGUGAAGAAAAGAAAUAUUAGAAUUAAAGAAAUUAUUUCAGAUCUGGACUUGGGAGAAAGUGUCUGGGAACCGGAAUUUGAAGACUGCGAGAAGCCAGAAAGGACCCUCGUGGUGGAGAACUCUGAGGUUACAGCCCCAAGACAUUUUAAUGCAUGGCAGCGAACCAAAGCAGAAAUGAUUGUGAUGCGCGAAAUACGGCGAUGGAUUAAGGCGCGGGGCACCGAUUCCAGACGCAGGGGCCUGAUGGAUAUGAUGGGCGGGGUGCUGGAAGUCAAGAAGGAGGACAUCUUGAGGAUGGUGAUCCCGCAACCGGCCUUCAUGGCGAAGCCCGACGCUCUGUGGACGGAAGAGGAGAGGAAGCAGUUCGGAGAAUAUGAGAAGAAAGUCAAGGAGCUGCAUGAGGAACGAGACAAGUACAGAAAGUCCUUAGAGGCAGAAUUGAAGAAACUGCAAAACUUUAUUCAAGAAAGCACACAGAACUUUGAUGAACACUUGAAAAGACUCUUCGAAAGGAGAGUAAAGGCAGAGAUGGUUGUCAACCAGGAAGAAUUGAAAAUAAAUAACCUUGUCUUUUCUUUACUAUUGGAUGAAGAAUUAAACUCCAGAGAGUUGUUUCUGAACAACUAUCUCUUGAGGAAGCAGGAAGAGAAAAGCCAGACUUCAGAAGCAAUCCAGAAAUCUAAACAGGACCUCGACAUGUACAAGGAGAGCUAUGACAACCUGCUGGCAGAAGACAAAGUUCUGGAUCGAAGCUUCAAAAAGGAAUUUUCCGAAAUUCCAAGUCAACAAGUGGAUAUACUCUAUAAACUUUUCAAGCGCCGACCAAGGAUGCAGAAACCGAAAGCACAAUCAGAUGCAUCCAGUAUUGUCCCUUUUGGAGAGCAGCCAGGAGCUGGCAAGUUGAAUAAGGACACCUUCGCCCAGUUAAUGAAAGCCAUGGAAGAGCUGGACAGUAUUCACAACAUGCCAGAAGGCGUGGACUCAUCGGUCUGGGACCAUUUCUGCAUAACUAGACGAGCAAAAGUGGAAAACGAAUACAAAGUGAAGCAGAAGGCGACUGGCCUAGUGGAGAUGACGGCUUUCCUGCGGAAGAGAGUUGAGGACGACGAGAAGGUGCAGCAGGAGAUCGAGAAGGUGUUCCGCGAACUCAUCCUAUUACAGGAAGAAAAAGUAAAAUACCAGUUGAAUUUGACGAUACAAAUGCUUCUCAAACAAGGACAAGUGGAACUGGAAAAUUUCCAGCAACUUCUGCAGUACCCUGACGCAAUUCUCAUUAGUAGGACCAUCAUUGAGGACCUGAAUUCUGUAAUUCGGACUCAAGGACAAAAGAAAGUCACGAGCAUGAUGGAGAGCAAAGAUGUGCACAAAGGCAUCUACCAGAUCGAGUGGGAGCACAAGAAGAUGGAGAUGGAGAUGGAAGACCUCAACCAGAAGGCCUGGGACAUCCAGAUGCUGUUUUUCUCACGGGACCGGCAAAAGUACCUCAAUGAACCAAACUACGAGUCUUUGAUUGCUCUUCAGAUUGCAAUAAUGGAACAAACCAUUAACGUUUUAGAUAAGACCCACAAAAAGAAUGUGAAUAACUGCAAAAAACUACUCAAAAAGUUGGGAAAGUUCAGCAAUCAAAGAGACACCGCAAAUUACACUCUGAGCUGCAGCCUCCGAGAAGAGUUGGUGGCUGUGUCAGAAAGACAAGACAUCUGCAGUGCGAUGGGGUCUACGCUGACUUGUGAAAAGAUUGCCAAAGAACAAUAUGAAAGGAUGAUGCAACAGCAGAAGUUGACAAAUAUUUCAAAAGAACAAGCUGAACAGAUUUCAGUACUUCAGGCUGAAGUGGAAAGGUUAAGGAUGAGAACAUUCCCUGCUCUUGUUAAGAUGUAAAACACCAGCAAGAAUCCCAAGGCUAAACCAAUCAUUUCAAAAAUCAUUUCAUUUGGGUAAAAUGUUCUUUCUUUCCUAUUGUGAAAUUUAAACAGAGCCUCUCUUAGUUGCAUGCUUUUAAUAAUUAUUUAAUUUUAGCCUUGUAAUCAGUACAUAAAUUUUUGUCCUGCAUGAAUAAAUGUGUGAAAGAACUAUUUUCAUUCAAGAAAAAAGAUUUUAAAACAGAAAUAUGCAAGGCCAGACUCAGUGGCAGGUCAUUUGCCUAACAUGAUCAAGGUCUGAGGUUCAAACCCCUUUCUGAAAACAGUAUUCUGUUUAUUUGUAGUACUAGAGACUGACCAUGUCCCAGGCCCAUUUUACCUUGAGGCAGGGUCUCACCAAGACAGCUUAGUUGCCCAGGCUGG